GGGAGGAGUCUCCGCAGAGGCCAGCGGCGGGGCGAGGACCGGCCUCGCCUCCCAGCUCCAGGAAGACUUUGGGUCGCUUUCGGGUCUUUUCCUUUCAGUUUUUUUUGUUGUUGUUGUUGUUGGUUUGGGGCAGUUUUACCCAAAAGCGGCGACUUUGGCAACGCUUCCCCGUCCCCUGUCCCCCCUUCCCCCAACUCGAGGCUCUUCCCUUUUUCCCCAAAACGGGGAAAACAAAAUGAUGGCGGAGACGCCGGUGGUGCCGGUGUACUGCACGGGCGUCUCAGCGCAGGUGCAGCGGGAGCGGGCGAAGGCGCUGGGGCUGGGCCGCCACGAGAACGCUGUGCGCUACCAGGGCCAGGACUUCGGAGCGUUGCGCGACGCCUGCCUGCGCUCUGGCACCCUCUUCCGUGACGAUGCCUUCCCCCCGGCCCCAGCCUCGCUCGGCUUCAAGGAGCUCGGCCCCGGCUCCUCCAAAACCCGUGGCGUGCAGUGGAUGAGGCCCACGGAGCUGUGCUCGCGCCCGCAGUUCAUCGUGGAUGGGGCCACACGCACCGAUAUCUGCCAGGGAGCGCUGGGUGACUGCUGGCUGCUGGCGGCCAUCGCCUCGCUGACGCUGAACGAAACCAUCCUGCACCGCGUGGUGCCGCACGGGCAGAGCUUCCAGCAUGGAUAUGCUGGCAUCUUCCACUUCCAGAUCUGGCAGUUCGGCGAGUGGCUGGAUGUGGUGGUGGACGACUACCUGCCCACCAAGGACGGCAAGCUGCUCUUUGUCCACUCCGCCGAGGGCACCGAGUUCUGGAGCGCCUUGCUGGAGAAAGCCUACGCCAAGGUGAAUGGCUGCUACGAGGCGCUGUCGGGCGGCAGCACCUCGGAGGGCUUCGAGGAUUUCACCGGUGGUGUGACUGAGUGGUACGACCUGCGCAAGCCGCCCCGAGACCUCUACCAAAUCAUCCUCAAGGCGCUGGAGCGGGGCUCCCUGCUCGGCUGCUCCAUCGACAUAACGAGCGCCUUUGACAUGGAGGCGGUGACGUUCAAGAAGCUGGUGAAGGGGCAUGCCUACUCGGUGACAGGAGCCAGGCAGAUCAACUACCGCGGCCAAGCCCUGGACCUGAUCCGCAUGCGCAACCCCUGGGGCGAGGUGGAGUGGACAGGGCCCUGGAGCGACAACUCAUCCGAGUGGAACGUGGUGGAGCCAGCGCUGAGGCAGCAGCUGAUGGUGAAAAUGGAGGAUGGCGAAUUCUGGAUGGCUUUCCGGGAUUUCCUCCGGGAAUUCACCCGCCUGGAGAUCUGCAACCUCACCCCAGAUGCCCUCCAGUCCCGCAAAUUCCGCAAGUGGAACACGCGGCUCUACGACGGCACCUGGCGCCGUGGCAGCACGGCCGGCGGCUGCCGCAACUACCCUGCCACUUUUUGGAUAAACCCCCAGUUUAAGAUCCAGCUGGAGGAGGUGGACGAUGAUGGGGAUGAGGCGGGCGGGCGGGAGCCGGGCUGCAGCUUCCUGCUGGCGCUGAUGCAGAAGCACCGGCGCCGCGAGCGCCGCUACGGCAAGGACAUGGAGACCAUCGGCUUCGCUGUCUAUGAGGUCCCUCCAGAGCUGGCGGGGCAGUCGGGUGUGCACCUCAAGCGGGAUUUCUUCCUGGCCAACGCAUCGCGCGCCCGCUCAGAGCAGUUCAUCAACUUGCGCGAGGUGAGCACCCGCUUCCGCCUGCCGCCCGGCGAGUACAUUGUUGUGCCCUCCACCUUCGAGCCCAACAAGGAGGGCGACUUCGUCCUCCGCGUCUUCUCCGAGAAGAGAGCCGGCACCGAGUAAGCGGCCUCGUUAGCAGCGCUCCGUGAGAAUCCCCCAGAUGAUAAAGUGCUCUCGGAAAGCGAGAUUGACGCCAACUUCAAGCAGCUCUUCAAGCAGCUUGCGGGCCCGGACAUGGAAAUCAGCGUCACCGAGCUUCAGACCAUCCUCAACCGCAUCAUCGGCAAACACAAGGAUCUCCGCACCAAAGGCUUCAGCAUCGAGUCGUGCCGCAGCAUGGUCAACCUCAUGGACAAAGACGGCAACGGCAAGCUGGGGCUGGUGGAGUUCAACGUCCUGUGGAACCGAAUCCGCAACUACCUGACUGUGUUCCGCAAGUUCGACCUGGACAAGUCUGGGAGCAUGAGCGCCUACGAGAUGCGGAUGGCGCUGGAAGCGGCAGGGUAUAAAUUGAACAAAAAGCUGCACGAGCUCAUCAUCACCCGCUAUGCUGAGCCCGACCUGGCCAUCGACUUCGACAACUUCGUCUGCUGCCUCGUGCGCCUGGAGACCAUGUUCCGCUUCUUCCAGGCGCUGGACGGGGACCGUGAUGGUGUCGUCACAGUGGGGCUGCUGCAGUGGCUGCAGCUCACCAUGUUCGCCUGACCCGAGGACGUUUUGGGGGAAUUUCUGCACUUUUCGUCGCUCCGCCUGACUUUUUUUUUUUGGGGGGGGGGGGGGCCGGUUUUGGGGGCCCCCCCCCCGGUGCCACAAUCAGGGAUCUUCUGCCCGCCGGGUGCCAGCGUGGUUCUCUUUAUUUUGUACGGUGUUACCCCCCAAAAAACAGAAAUCCUAUUAAAAUUCUUUUUUUCUGCUC